AUGGCAAACUCGAAGCCGGCCGACGCCGACUCUGCAGAAGCCCUACAUGGGAUCAUUAACGAUGUGCUUAUCCAAACAGGCAAGGCACUGAGGUCGCACAGUAAGGAGGGCAGAUCUCAGAUGCAGGCUCAGAUCUCGCUACAAACCAAGAUUCCGGAGCUCAUCGACACAUUUCACUGGAAGCUGGAUGAUCUCGAGAGCGAGAUAAUGAGAGCAAAGGCAGCGUUGCAGAGAGACCUGGACCGGUUCCGGCAACAACGACAGCCCGUGGAACAGCCUGCGCCGAUAGAGGCACAGACUAAAUCUCCCAUCGCCAUCGACCUCGACUCCUCGUCUCGGGAAAUGUCCCCCGAAACCAAGGUCGAGGUCGCGGAGGCUACGGGCCCGCACCGGGUCCCCGCUGAACCGAGUACAGCUCCAUCGAUGGCCCCGUUCCCCGACAUGGGCGUCAGCUUUCAGCCACAGUCGGAACCCGCACAGCCGGUGAAGCAGGAGGCAACCUCGGCGCCGCCGGCUAUGAUGGCGCCCAUGGGUGAAGUCAAGUUGGAGUCGAAGCCCACCCCGCCGACCUCACAACCUCAACCCUCGGGCGCGCCGGAGGCGCCGAUGGACGACUUGUUCGGCCUUGACAGCGAUGCCGGUGACGGCAUCGACGCGGGCGGCGGCAACGAAACGAACAACUCCGGAUUCCAUUUCACCGACAUGACCUUCAGCCUAGCGCCCCCAAAUAACGACUCGCAGCCGCAACCUCGGGCGCAAGAAGCGCCAAUGGACAUAUCGUUCGGCUCGGGCGAGAUGGGCGGCGACCUCCUGUCUCUCAACAACCUACUCCCUCCGGAUAGCAACGCCACAAAGCAGGAACCAGGGGCAGGAGUUGGAGCUGCAUCUGCGCCUCCCGCGGCCGCUACCGCUACCGCAACCGCCGCUGCCGCGGCGCCCCCGGCAGCAGCCGAUCAGCAGAAGCCGGUUGAGGCCAAAAUGGAGCGUCAGGACUCGAGCCUGGACGACUUGUUCGCCCUCGACGGCAACACGGGCAUGGAUGACAUGGACCUCGAUAUGAACUUGGGCGGUGAAGGCGGGGGCGGCAACAACUUUGACGACAUGAUGUUCUUCGACGACACGGAAAUGGAGCACGGCAAGUUCGACGAGGACUUCUUUCAGAUCCCGUAG